AUGACGCCCACGGAGACAAACGUCGUCGAUUACUUCCUGGAGCGUGUCUCUAGCUCGGACAGCCUCAGAAUACCAUCGGUUGGCCUGAGCGGCCUGCAUCCUUGUUCAUGGUUCAGGCAGACGGUCGCUCAACCGAAGCCCGACAGUAAAAGCGAGACUUGGUGGGAGGAUUCUCUUACGGAGGAAGAAAUACUCGAAUUGUGCAAUACAGCACCGGAGCUUCCCAUUCUCGGCAAUGCUUCCUCUAGGUCGCUGAGGCCUGCGCCCAUCUAUGUCAUCUCUCCACGAGUACUCGUCAAGCUGGGGAGCUACUACACCGGGGAAUAUGAAUCUCGCGCGAUGGAGGUCGUUCGCUCACAGACGUCAAUUCCCGUUCCCAGACCAUUACGUUUUAUCCAGCGUGAAGGAGGGUGCUACCUGGUCAUGGAGUACAUCAAGGGGCGCUCGCUCGACUGGUGCUGGGACGGCCUCAGCCUCUGGCGGAAGUUCGUUAUUGCCUGGACGCUCCGUGGCUACAUUCGUCAGCUCAGACGCGUACGGACAGCGCAGAUCGAGCACCAGAUUCCUGGUCCACUAACGGGUGAUCUGUCGGAACCCCUGAAGUGCAUUGGGCCUGCGAUGGGUGCCGAAUAUCAUUGUGGCCCCUUCUCAUCCGCGGCAGCGUUGUUUGCGUGGCUCAACGGCCGCUUGCGUGUCACCCAAUACAUCAAAGGGACGGAGCCACUGGUCCUUGUCCAUGGUGACCUCACUCCGCGAAACGUCAUGCUGGACGACGACGGGAAGAUAUGGUUGAUUGACUGGGGCUGCUCGGGUGUCUAUCCUCCUUGGUUCGAGGCUGCUGCCAUGCUCUACACUCGUCCGCAACCGAGUUGGUGGACAUGGGUGCGGUGA